AUGUGUGAGUAACAACUUUCAGGCACUCAUACUGUUAUUUUUUUAUGAGUAUACCUCAUAAUUGGGCCCCUUUGAUUUCUUACAGCCUCAUUCUGCAUUUUCUAAUUAAAUACCAGCUGUGUUUAGCCAAAGGGUGACUUAUUCAAUUAGAGCUGCUUAAAGCAAUUAGAAGUUAUUUAAAACCACAUGCUGGAAGUUAUUUGGCAAGCCUUCCUUGCGGUUUGAUGCCUGCACAGGGCCCGGCCGUUGUGCUGCGGCUGCUUUGGCAGAGCUCUCGGGUCCACCCCGUGGUGGCUGGAAAGGGCAAGGGGGAGCUAGAGGCGCAGUGGCGGGAGCAAUUAAGGGAGCUAGUAAAAAAUCAAGACCUCUCACAUCCUGCUAGAAAAGUUCACCGCCUCAGUGGGACUCAGGUGUAUUGGAUCUUAAUCUGUUGCUUAUUCUUCCUCAUGAUUUUCUGCAGCAGUGAACUUCAAACGUUAUGCUUCCAGGUGCUGCUUCCUACAUGGAUGUGAAUGCUGAGGAGUUCCUGCUUGUUUUCCCUGAAGAGCCAAUGUGGUGUAGUGGUUAGACUAAACCGUGUUGGACUAGGACCUGGGAUACCAGGGUUCAAAUCUCCACUUGGCCAGGAAGCUCCUCCCACACUUGGGCCAGUCAUGGUCUCUGGGAGAGUUAAAUGAGGAGGGGGAGAAUCACAUAUGCCACCAUGAGAUCUUUGGAGGAAGGUAGGAUGCACAUGCAAUCAAUAACAAAUAUUCUGAGCCAUGGUCUAGGGCAGACUUGGGGGGGGUGUACUUUGGUUCUUAUUAGAAAACUAAUACAGAAGCUAAAAAGUGGUUAAAAGCUGCAGUCCUGCUUACCAGAGCCUGGGAACCUGUGGCCUUCCAGAUAUUGAAUUCCCAACUCAUCCCUGACUUGGUCACGAGAGCAGCCCUAGACCACGGCUCAGCAUUUACCUGGGAACAAGCCCCUAUGGACUCAGUGGAGCUUCCUGCCAUGUAGUAUUUCAGAAGACGCUGCUCUAAAGUGGGAUGCAGCGAAUACCCUUAGAAAUAAGGAACAGGGAGGCCUUUAACACACUGAGCUGAGCCCAGGGAUGGGAUUUGUGCACCAGAUUUGAGCUUGCUGUUAUUUUCUCCAAAACCCCACUUCUGCACUCCCCCCUUCAUUAACCAGCUGAAUUUGGAGCCAGAGAACCAGACUUUUGCAUCCAGUGGAAGUCCAAUUGCUUAUUUAUUGCAAAUGAUCCAGAGGUUGUCUGGGAAAUCUUGAUCUAUUAUUACUGUCACACUUUUGUUUAAAGAAUGUAAGUCACACUUCAAUUUAAAAAAGAAUAAUUCUCAGCAUCUUACAAAUAAAACAGUAAAAUACAUAGUAAUCUACUCCCCCCCCCCCCCCGCCCACGUUCAGUUCAUACAGGUACUUGCCCGGGAUGGAGAACAUCAAACCAUGAGGCCCUCCAGGCUACUCCCCCCAUUGGCCUUGCUUUGCAUCCCAGCCAGAAUGUGCCUUUGAACUCUGAUAAUGCCUCUUGCUUGGCUGGAGGGGGGAUAGAAAGUAGAAACAAGCCUACUGUUAAAAGGAUAACAUUCAUAUUCAUGACUCUGCCCACCAUUGACGUGCGGCCCUCAGAAGGUUGUGCAGAAGAGAAGGUGGCCCUUGAGCUGGCAAAGGUUCCCUUCCCUUUGUCCUAGACUCUGGGCCUCACUAUCCUCUCUCGCACCCACCCACCCACCCGCUGUGUGAACUGGGAAUGUGGUGUAGCACAAACUGAACUCUCUUGGCAAGUUUCAGAAGCUUAUCUGUGGUUACAUAUCUUCUCAUUGGAGGAACCCUCCCAAGUUUUCUAAAGAACAUUGUCCUGUGGACUAUUCUUGGAAUCUGCUGUCAUGUAUGUUUUUGCAGAAGUGUACCAAAAAGGAAGGGACUUUCCAGAGUUCGUUUAGAAGCCUCCACCUGCAGCCACCAAUGCUUGCAAUUUGCUUUUAAUUGGCCCAACUGGCUUUACUUCCUAUAUGGUUUCCUCGAACAAGUUGUUUUCCUGGCAUUUCUCCAUUCCAAGGAUAUGCCUUGCAGCCCAAAUGUACACGUCUAUUGGGCUGAUGGCAGCCCAGCUGAUCCCAUUGCUGGAACCAGCAUGUAACUCUGCCUUCUGGCCUUCUGGCAUGUCACCCUGCCCAAUGCCAGACUUGUGUCUGACUGGGCCCAUUUAUGCAGGUCUAUCUUUCCACUGUCGGGGUUUCAGUUGCUCACAGGGUAGAGCUUUUUGUGUCAGCUAUACUUUCCACAUGUACGAUGCUGCAGGAAAGCAAAGCUGCAUUUGUUCCUCUGACAUGAAUGCUGCCCCAUAAGCUCCAGGCUGACUUGCAUGAUACACAUCCAAUUAGGCCUGGAGCCACUUCCCUCGGGCUCCUUUGCCUUCCUUGGCAUUCAUAUGGUACAUAAGCGACUCACUGCUGGUUAUAACCUUUAAAACCCUUGUCUGCAUAUGGGGGCAUGUAGUUCCGUUGCCCAGUUCACCUCCCUCAUUAACCAGCUACCUUGAUUUCUCCAGACCUGCCCUUUCCAGAAUCCUUCGUUGCAUUUCCAGCUCCGUUUGCCCUUCCAAUUAAAUUGGACAGGACUAACUCAUCAUUGCUUGCUUCAAGGUUAUUUUGAGCAGCUAUUUUAUGCAUUCUGUCCUCAUUACCUACCGGUGCUGCAUCCGGCAGCAGUUUUCUCCUAUGGGCCGAAGGCAUUUAAUAUCUUCACUGCAUACCCAGGAACCCUUGGAGGGGGGUUGGACAAAGGAUCUUAUAUGUGUUCAGGAUGUUGAAAUGGCCUGGAAUAGGCUGAGUUUCUUAAUUACAGGAGGAGCUUUGAGCUAUUUCUCUUCUGGCAUGGUUCCACAUCACAUUGUCAUAAAUAAAAUGGAAAGAAGAAUGGAUUGGAAAGCUGCCUCCUGUAAGGUGGGGGGAUGUGUCGGGUUGCAGAAAAAGUGCACUCAAAAUGGAGCCAGGAAUGAAUCGCAGCGAAUGAAGGAGCAAGGGGUUUUCCAAAGGAACAGUUGUGGGUCUUCCUGCUCUGUUUGCUGUUUUAAUAACGUGUACAGAGGAGUGUGGAGGAUUCUCAUCUAGUUUGCUAGGAAUACAAAUCCACAACUCCAGCUUCAGCAGUCCAGGGGUUGCCAAUGUGAUGUCCUCAAUACAAGGCUGGAAAACAAUUUCCACUGUUCCUGACCAUUGGCAACACUAACUGGGAUCAAUGAGAAUCAAACAACAUCUGGAAGGCAGCUCAUUGGCUGUGUCUGAACUAGACAAUGACAUGGAUAAGCUAGAACAUGGGGCCAAAAACAAAAGAAUAAGUCCUCCAGCUAGCAACUUAAGAAGAGCCCUGCUGGAGCAAAACAAAAGACCUGCCUGGUUUAGCAUCCUGUUUUCUGCCAUGGCCAGCUGGACAAUACAAAUCUUAUGGUGCGCCCACAUUUGGAAUACUGAGUACAGUUCUGGUUGCCUCUCCUCAAAAAGGAUACUGUAGAGCUGGAAGUUUCAGAAAAAGGCAACCAAAACAAUCAAGGGGAGGGAACGACUCCUCAACGAGAAGAGGACAUUUGGGGCUUUGUAGUUUAGAGAAAAGGUGACAUGAUGGAAGUGCAUAAAUCUAUGCAUGGUGCAGAGCAAGCAGAUAGGGAAAAGUUUUUAUCCUUUCCUGCAUUAACACUAGAACUCAUGGGCAUCCAAUGAAGAGGAAUGUUGGAAGGUUCAGGACAGACAAAAGAAAGUUUUUCCAUACACAGAAUAUACUGUUUAUUUCAAACCAAAGCUCGCUCAGCUCCUGCACUUCAGUCCAAUAGGGUUGAAUGUGUGCAGAGAAGAGAAAGGGGAAGCACAAGGGUGUUCUGAGUUGGAUUUUUUUUAAAAAUAAAAUAAACCAAUGACUCAGUUACACAGGGGAACGGUUAACUUAGAAACAUGCUGUCUUGCAACAUUCCCUGCACCCUAUGCAUUUAAUCCAGCUGCAUUGGUAUACAAGGGUUGAAUUUCUAAGCAAGCUUGUUCUGAAAAGCUUUUCAGUAUUUACCUCUUCUAUUUUUAUUUUGGAAAUACUUAUUUCAUAUUCGCACACAGCACCAAGGGAUGCAUAUCUGCACCUGCAUUAUGAAAAGUAAUAGGCGUUAGUACAAAUUCUACUCCCCUGCUGCGCAUAAUAAAAAGCGGCAGGAGCAAAAGCGAGGUAGGUCAAUUUUAUUUCCCCCAUAGGGGAGAGAAACGGGGACACACACACACACGUGCUCACAUAGCCACCCAGCGGUCCCAGCCCCAUUGUGUGUGUGUGUGUGUGUGUGUGUGUGUGUGUGUGUGUGUAUACAUACAUAUACAUGCACAUACAUGGAGUCCCGACUCCGUAGCCUGGGGUAGCGGUGAAUUCGAAUCCUGAGCUUCUGUCCCUGGCUACAAAACCAGUCCUCUAGCGCCAACAAUAUCCCAGCUGCUUCUUGCUCCAAAGCAAGAGAGGCGGGCGAGAAGCGCUUAGAACAAGAGGCUCUGUGUGUGCGCGCAGGCUGGGGCGACGAUGCCCCACGUGGAAAGUGUUGCGCUCCUUCUUUUCCUGGCCUCGGGCUCUUUUGCUCCACUUUCCCCGAGUCCCAUGUUCUUUCCCCCCUCUUGACUGAUUGACACAGAAACACAGAAACACUCACACACACACUCCGAUGGCCUUAUAAAGUAACACGCGCCUCCGUCUCCCUCCCCCGAAGGCCAACACUUCCUGCGCGGGCCGUCCGCUGCGCACCCUCUCCGACCCUCCAGGCGCGCAACACGCUUGUUUCUCCGGGGCGGGCGGGACAAGCCACCCCGCGGCCGCCGCUGGCAAGACCCGCCAGCGCGGCGCGUAAUCUUCGCCGAGGUGGAGGGCAGGGCCAGGAGGAGAUCCCCCCCCUCCAGCUCUCCACCCCUCCCGAGUGCAGCGCCGGCAACACCUCGCCGAGGAAGAGCAGGAGCGACUCCAUUGCCGCUCGCCGGAGAUCCGGCGCCCAGUGUGAGUGGCUCGACGGGCGGGAAAGGGGCGCGGGGCGGCGAGUGGCCCGGGCGCGGCUCGCCCUGAAAGCCUCCUUUGUGGACUGCGCUCCGCUCUCCAAGCCGCUCGCCUGCCAGGCAGGGCUCUCCUUUCCACGUGGCAGCCGCUUCCUCUAGCCUGGGCUGGGAAAAACAAAUAACUUCGGCCAUAUGUUGAUUUUGCCAGCCAUAGAUAUUUUGGGUGUGCGGGAGGAGGGGGAAGCAAGGCCGGCCCGGGCCUGGCCAAAAGCUGGAAGAAAGAGUGGGGGGGGGGGGGGAAGAGAAGCGAAGGGAUCGCUUCAAGGGGGGAUCGAGUCGCUGGAAAGUGCUGGGAGAGGGUCGUACUAAAACCAAUGAUCUCCCCCCUCACCUUCCCGAUAGCUACCAAAAUGGGGUGGCUCCUUCUGCAUGGAGAUAAGGACAUUCUGAUCGCUCCCCCUCCACGGUCGUCCUGGAAGGGAAUAAAGCGGCAGGAUCUCCGGAGGGCACAGGGUACUCCUAGGGUAUAUUCGGCCCCCCAGUAGAAUAUCUGAAGGGGCUGGGCCCCCCAAAUUGAUGAGCAUUGGCAUUCAAAUAGUGUUUGAGCACCGCAUCUUGUGAUCGAUUAUGCGAGGCGGGGUUUACAGCCCCCCCCCAAUUUUUUAUUCAAGUUGGCCCCCUAUACCGGAGGGCUUUGCGGGGUUCAUAAAUGGGGUAGGCGAGUUCACCGAGUAAUGGUACAAUCCCUGCAGUGCUUGAAACAUAUGUGGGUUUAGGAUUAUCUCCUUCUUACCUGUUGCGAUGCCCCACUUUGCCCUUUCCUUGUGGGUGGAGAGGCGACGGGGAGCAUGGUUUGACUUCAGUGGGGCAGUGGCGGCGUGGGGGGCGGGCGGGUCGGCCAGGGCGCUGUGGGGAAUUUAAGGACCCCCUUCUUCCAAUCCGAGCACUGCCCUUUAGCAACAACUGAAUUCCCUCUACUUAAAUCCUAACAGAUGUUCUUCCCUCUGCUCUUCUUCACACCUCCGGAGACUCCACAGUUUCCUGGAGCAACUUUUUCCUCCUUUUUUGCCGUUAGGGCGCUCUGUUCUUCCCCGGAAAUCGCAUCUUCCUGGAAACUGUUGCCUUUUGUUCUCCUCCCCCAAACUUCAGCCCCUGGCACAUGGGAACUUGCAGCUUUUCUUGUGCUGCUUGUCCCCCCCGCCCCCGGAAUGCAGAUAGGACAGGCUCUCAGCUACAGAGAGGACCCAUUCCCAAGGGGGCUCCGGUAGACUGUUGGGUGUCCAUUGGGCAGAAAGCCCAGUUGUGUUCCCACCACAAUAGUCAUAAUAACUGACAAUCUGCUGGUGUGCAGUGCUGCCCAAAUGCCCUAGCCUGCCUCUUCUCAGACUCUCAGAUCCUUCUGAUGUCUGGAGAAGAUGAAAACAUUUCCAUCCCAGGGCCAAUGCUGGGUUGAUGAUGCCCAGCUAGAACCUGCCCCUCUCAAAAAAAACCCAAUAUGUUCCACAGAUUUCCCACCAUAAUCUUCAGCCCUUCCAUAGGGGAGAAUAGGGUCCAUUGGACAUCUUGCCCUCCUCUUCCUAAUGGUCUUUCUUAAGGCCAAGUCACAUUAUUCCUUCUAUCUUGGUGGUGGAGGGUUUCUCAUGCCCCCUCCCACCUUACCACUACCAGAGCCAAGAAAUGGUUGUUUGAAGGUUUGUGCAGACAUCUGAAGCAGCCACUACGGGGCAUGGCAAACCCAUUCGCCGUGUACAUGCUGUCAACCAGCUAGUGUGAGCAACAGAGUGCUAGCAUGCAUUGUGUUGAUACAUCCUUGUUUUUAAUACACCUGGAUGUCUGACAGAUUGGUGGCUGCCAGGCCAACAUUUUAAAUUGCAAGUUCCUUGGUGCAGUGACUUGUCUUUCCUUUCCCCUUUUGCUUAUGUUGAAGUGUCGUGCACACAGAUGUUACUUUCAAAUAUGUGUGUGUGUAUGCCUAAAUAUAGACUUCUGGAGAAGGUCGCUUCCUGGGUUUGGAAUGAAUGAUGCAACUUUGUUUCGAUGUUCUUACAUCUCACUAUUUGUUUUUAUUGUAACCUUGCGAUGGUCAAAUAACUUAUGGAACUUCUUUCCCCCUUCUGAAGUUUUUUCAGCUAGAGUGGCUUUGUGCAAAGGAGGACAGCAGCAGAACUUUGGCAAGACACAUAGUGUUCAGAAAAGCUGAAUCUAUUGAAAUCCCCUCUUCUGUUAGACAUCUAGGAGCUUUGCCUUCCUUUGGAAUUUGAUCACCUUACCUUAAGGGGUGUGUGGAGCACAGGAAAGCAGGGAAACUUAGAUGGGCAGCAGGAGAUACAGGCACAGUAAACCGUGGGGAACUGUGCAGAGUUCAAUAACAUCUUUCUCUCUCCAAUGUUUAUUUCAGCUCCCAUCUUAGUUAAUAAACACUGGUGCCCAGAUAUCUUCCAGGUUUUCCUUUGCCUCCAUAAGAACAGAAGAUUGCUUUCUUUUAAAAUGAAAUUUCAGAAUCUCUAGGGUGGAUUCAGCUGAGUUGUUGCAUUGCAGGAGCCAACAGAACAAGUCACACUAGGGCAAUGGGGCUGCCUCCCUCUGCAAUGGGGCUCUGGGUGGUCUGGAGAAGAGGGGAAGAUCAUUCUGCCUGGCAAGCAGAAAGGCUUGUGCGAACAGAACAAUUGCCUCCCCGCAACUUUGAAUUGAACAAUAACAUGCAACCCUAUAGCAGAUCAGCAUAUUUCACAGCGAUUUCUCUCUAACGCUGCUGGAAGAGACAGGGGGAAAAUAUUUAUUUAUGUAUUCUUUAGUUCUAUAAUUCAUACCCUUUCCUUCUAUAACAGGAUGUACUCAGAGGAAAUAAGAGAAUAAAGACAUGGAAACGUACUUCCAGUCAAAUGGCUCAGCCUUCUCACCUGUCUUUGUAAGCCAAUUGCCUGAGGAAAAAUUAUGGGGCAGCAAUAGAAACAUUCCACCCUUGGAAUUCAUUUCUCUUUACGGCAGGAGUGGGGAAUCUUUUUCUGACCAAGGGCCUGGAAUGGGUGGGGCCAGAUCGCACAGGAGGUGAUGCCAGACACGUACAUAAUCACACAUCCUUAAUGCACAAAUGCACACAUACAUUGCUCCUCUGUUCCCUCUCCUUGGCUGACGUGUGCAGGUCAGCUGAGGAGCCGGGAGUGAUGUUUUCUUCUCCUAACAUGCGCGCACACAGCCACUUGUAACUAGACAGUCACACACAUACAACACGCUUCAUACACACACAGACCCCUUCUUUUUCCUGCUCAGCUUCCCUCUUCCUUAGCUGAUCUGUGUGGAGUUUGUGUGCAUGUGUUUGUGGAGUUAUUUUUAUUAUGAAACUAAUGCGCGCAGUGACAGACACCAACUUGGAUGGCUUUAAAAGUAAGUUAAGUAGGUUCAUGAAUGACAACCCUACCCAUGCCUACCAUCCAUGGUUCUAUGUUCUCUCACCACUGUCUGGGGCCUAUGCCUCUGGGCACCUGCCAGUUGCUAGGAAGGGGACUGUAUGAAGAGAAUGCUUAACAAAAUGGCCAUUGGGCUUGAUUCAGUAGGGCUUUUCUGACGUCCUUAGCAACAUCAUGGUGCUGGGAUGGGGAUGAAUCCUAAAGUUUAGAGUUUACCUACACUCACCUGGAACAUUCAAAAUGUCUCAAAAAGACCACCUGUCCUGUUCUCUCAUUUCUGUUGAAUGGGACACCUUUUAAAAAUAAAAAUAAAAUUCCAGCAUGUUCCCUGUGUUCGACAGCACAUUCUUAUAAUGGUGGCUUCCUAAGCACUUCAAGAAGCAGCUGCUUUCUGGCAUUGUUUCCCAAGGGUAACAUCUGUGUUUACGGCUCCUCUUUCUUUUGCUUCCAUGUGAAAUCUUGUGGUGGCCACAUUUCCUUGGUCUUCUUUCUUCUUUUGGAUCUAUCAACACCCCGCCUCCAUCCCCCUGAUGUUGCUUGUUUACAAAUGCUGCUGGGUUGAGUGUCUUUUCUGAAUUCCAUUGCCAAGCUGUUUGCUUCCCUUUCUACCUUGCCACAGGAAGCGUUAAGUCUUCUGGGAGCUCCGCUGUAUCUGUUGAGCUUCAGAAGUCUCAGCCCCAAAUGCUCAGAAGCAAAAGGCUGCCUUCAGGACUCGGGAGCCCAGCAUAACACUUGGAGCCCUUACAAGUAAGGAUAAGGUUCUGCGGUUGGGCAAUUUGGCUGGGGCACUGGUAGUUAAGUCUCAUGAGGGAGUCAUGUUUUCAAGCUUUCCUUUGCAGCUCCUAACAUUUGAGCUUUCUGCUUGCUCAUAGAACAUUUUGCCUGCAUUUUACAGCAGCACUUUAUGGCAGGACAACAUUAGUAUCAUCCCAUUGUUUUAGAUGGGGACUAAGAUCUAGCAAGUUGCUUAUGGCUGCUUUGGAAGUUCAUGGCAGAGGGGAGGUCUUAGUCACACUCAUAUCAUACAUCUAAAGUACAUGGCUUUCCCCCAAAGAAUCCUGGGAUCUGUAGCUUACUCCUCACAGAGCCCAGCAUCCUUAAUGAAUGACAGUAGUUGGGAUCCUUUGGGAAAAGCCAUGCAUUUUAAAUGUAUGGUGUUGUCAUCCUGAAAUAGAGGCCUCCUUGGUUCACAGCUAAAAUAUCACACAGAUGUUCAAACUAUGCCCAGUUCACAUGUGUAGCUGGAUUGCUGCCUAUCCUUGAUGUAAAUAUAAUUAAUUUAAUAUCUGCAUGGAACCCAUGAGCAUCUGUACACAUGCUGCUGUUCGCAGACAUCCAACUGAACAUGUGGAAGUCCUCUCCUUAUGGGUUUUAAUUCCGUGUAGAACAACUACACAAGCCACCAUGCUAUUUUGUUUGCCCUGUCCCUCGUGUUCUGGAUGGCUAUAUGUAAAUCUUUUCCAUUUCAUAUUUCUUCCUUUCUAAAAAGGGAGGGGGAUUUCUCUCUUUCCCCAGGGAAUUCUGGGAAUUGUUGCUCUCAGAGGGGAUUUCCUAAGAACUCUCAGCACCCUUAAUAAACAGCACUCCCCAGGAAUUUUAGGGGGAAGCCAUGACUGUGGUAUGAUACUGCUUUAAAUGUAGAGCAUAUGUAGGCUCUUAGAGCAGUCAGUGCUCUGCAGCAGAGAGUGGCUGGCUGGUCUGCUAUAUGCUCUUGCAAGGAGGGUGGGCUUGCAACUUUCUUUGCAGUUCUUACCCCUCUGAAUGGCUGCUGUUGCCAGGCUCUCCUUCCCUCACAUGGAGAGCCACAAUGCAGCUGGUGAUGCAGCUGACUCAUCUGUGGGAGAGCUGGGAGAUCAGCCAUUGGUCCUCUGGCUGAUGGCUGGGCCAGGAAAUGCACUUGUGACUUGGUGGGAAUUGCAUGCUCUACCUCUCCAGUGCCUUACCCCUUCCUUAUCUUAACCCUGCUAGCUGUCCCCAUCCACUUUAAUAAUAAUAAUAAUAAUAAUAAUAAUAAUAAUAAUAAUGCAGAAUGGCUACCCCCACUGUGUAGUAUUAACAUGCAGACAGGAUGUUGCAUCAGGAUUAGUGCUAAUACAGUGUGGAGAAUAGAAUAUUUUGUUUUCCUCAUGUUUGGAUUUUUCAGUCCCUUCCUUUCUCCCUUUCUGAAUCAGGACACAGCAGCUGUUGUUCUGCUUUGCACCUGUUUACUUUCCUGCGUCAAGAGUUGUCAGUGGGGUGGCAAACUGCACACUACUCCCCCAUCUCUGCUUUGCUUCAGCGAUGGCUGUUUUUCGUGCCUCUGAUAAGACUGCCAGGUGCGAGGAGUGAUGUCCACCUUCCUUUUCUUUUCAGCCUGGUCUCCAAGUCCAAGGGAAGAUGGCGCCAAGCCUGCAGCAGGCGUACCAGCGGCGCUGGUGGAUGGCCUGCACUGCAGUGGUGGAAAACCUCUUCUUUUCUGCUGUUCUGCUGGGCUGGGGCUCCUUGCUCAUCAUGCUCAAGCACGAAGGGUUCUACUCCCAUAUAUGCAUAGGUGAGACAGGGGAAAUCCCAGGGCGCUGCUUGCACAUUUAUGGUGAGGGAGAGAGUGGGAUAAGGCAGAUGAAGAACGUGGUAGGGGAUGGGCAGGGUGAAUUUCAGAAAAGAUCCUGAGCAGAACCCUUGACUGAUGGUUUCCAAAAAGCUCUGCAGAACCCCUUCCCCACACUCUGCUCUUUUGAGAUCCCUAAUCAAUACAAGGAUGUUUCUAACCAGGUCAGACUUCUUCUGGCCGUGGGUCUUGGUUGGAGCAGAGUUUUUAUGAACUAGCCUGAUAGAGAAUGUUGUACUGUGUGCAAUAGAAACUCUGGUGUGGAUAUGAGACCAAGCAAAAGGACUCAUUCGCUUCAGCCUUGGUAGGGCUGGCAUUCAACUGCCUCUGGUUCUACCCUGACCUUUUGACACUGCACAUAGUUUUCUUUUAUUACUAUUUUUUGUAUUUUUUUUGUAAAUUGUAAUUUUUUUGUAAAUUAGUUUUCAAUUACUAAAAUCCAGUAUAAAUCACAUUUUAUCAAUACCAAAUUGCAACUCAAAUUCAAAUAUCAUUAUAAUUAUUAAAUUAAAAAGCCAAUUGUACAUUUUGUGUGACCCGCUGAGUGUGCUAGAUUUCAAGGUAAAAUAAUUUUAUUUCAUCCUGCUUCCGAAAUCUUAUUUAAUCCAAUUACAUUCAGUCUUGAUCUUAAUCCCUUAUCAACAGCUACAGAGUUUUUGACUUCCAUUUGUAUUAACACUUCUAAUGAAUUUUAUUUCUGCAAAAGGAGUUCUGUAUCCUUGCACACAAUUUUCUUGAUUGUAAUCUGUUUCUGAUACUGUAUUUUUAUAUCAUAAGCCACCCUGGGACCUCUUGGAAAAAGGUGGGUAAGAAAUCAAAUAUGUACUGGUACUAUCACUACUACAAGGAUACCUAAUUCAUGUGUCUUCCCCACCCCACUCCCUGCAUCUAGCAUGUGGGGUUUGUGUGACUGACUGAAAGUCAAAGCAAAGUGGCAUGUUAGACUUAUCACAUGGAGGCUGUUUGAGAACUUCUAGACAAUGCCAUACUACUGAUGCCAUCAUAGUACACAGAGCAGGACACCACAUACAUUCACAUCAUACUUUUUUAUCCUUAUUUAUUUAAUCUAUAUCCUGUUCCUCUCAAAGGCACCCAGGAUGUCAGACAUGGGAAUGGUAAUUUAUUAUUACUAUUAUUAUUAAGAACAAUGAAAAACUGUUAAGAAACAUUCUAAAAACAGUGAAAAACUUUCACAACCUGUGAUCUCUGGAUUGCUGGGCACAGUAUCUUACUGUCAUCAAAUACCAGGGUAAACAAGAAUGUUCUUAAAUUCCUCCUGAAAGUCGGACACGCCUCACUAGGGAGGGUUCUCUGCCAGUGGGGAACCACCUCUGUAAAGGCCUUGUCAUGGGUCCCCACAAACUUGGCAGCCCUCUGGAGUUUCCCCACGCUGAGGUCAAGUGGGUAGGGCUGGUGGGAGACAUUUCACACCUUGUGGAAGCACAAUAUGGCAACUGCGGCUACCCAUUAGGGCAAUAGUAGGCAGAAGCAACCAUACAGAGGCUGUUUCAAAUAUUCUCCACAUGAUAAACAUAGCCUAUGGGCCUGUCUUGAAGUGAGAGUGCCUGGUUCCCUCCUACAGGCCUCAGGGCAAGACACUUGUUCCCUUCCCAGGAUGCUAAUUUGCAAGCCAAAGAUGGCCAUCUUAUCUUACUAUGGGGCAAAACUUUAGAAACACCUGCUCCCAUUAUAAAUUGAAGUGAUACCCUCCCUUCUCCAAGCCCUUGCUCCAGGGACCCAUUUCCCCAUCACACUGAUGCUUCCCGUGAUUGCAUAUCUCAGGUAGAUUCCUUCCCUUGACCACAGUGUAAACGAGGCAACCCUUCUAUAGUUUUACAGGUCCAAGACAGGACUGAUGCUGGAUCCCCAAACUUAUUCCACCCCAGGCUCUGUUGCUCAACCUGCUAUGGAGCAACACAGAUUCUGCAUUUCCUCCAGCACAUCAGGGAGGGGGAAGGAUGAGAAAUGGGACUUCAGGGGUAGAGAGCAGCCUGCUUGCCCUAGGAAACUGUGGGGGUGAAAGCGAGAGAUAAGUCAGAGAUAAGUCUCUGAUCCAAGCUGCCUCUUUCUCUUCCUAGGUGCGAAUGA